AGAGAGAGAGAGAGAGAGAGAGAGAGAGGGAGAGAGAGGGAGAGAGGGGUGAGUGAGUGUGUUGAGUGUGUAUUGGGGGCUACAUCGUUACAGUCUGAUGCCUUUGGGAAACAGGCUGAAGUGUAUGUAUGUAUUGAAUGGGGCAAAUGGACCAUGUCUGUGUGUUUGGGUGUCUGAGGUUUGUGUGGUGAAUAAUACUGAAUCUUGGUCAUUCAGCUCAUUCAUCUGAAGCUUUUACUCUUGGAUUUUCUGGAGCAUCACAUCAGGUGACACCGAGGCCCUCCUCCCAAGCCCUAAGGAACUGAGUACUGGAUGCUCCCCCAGACCCGGACGCUUCCCCCCAAGCCCAGACACUCCCUGUGGAUGCAGCCCCCUGUUUACAACCACAGGAUCUCAUAAUCGCUAAGCAAAAAAAAAAGUAGAGGAAAGAAGUAAAGUAAAAAUGGAAAACUUAACAGCAACAGCAGAACCAAAUGUGGGACUGUGGCUCAACUGCAGCAUGUCUGGCAGACAUGACUUCAUAUUCACCUUCGUCCCCGUUGUCUACGCCUGCAUUUUCGUCAUUGGAAUGGUGGGGAACAGCAUGGUGGUGGUGGUCAUAUAUCGCUACAUGAAGCUAAAGACUGUGGCUAAUGUUUUUGUGCUAAAUUUAGCCGUGUCAGACUUGACCUUCCUCAUUACUCUACCCAUGUGGGCCACCUUCACUGCCACUGGCUACCACUGGCCCUUUGGAAGCUUUCUGUGCAAGGCCAGUGCAGGCUUGGUCAUCUUCAACCUCUACACCAGCAUCUUCUUCCUCACAGCACUUAGCGUGGACCGCUACUUGGCUAUCGUGCAUCCGAUGCGCUCGCGACAGCGCCGGACGCUGCUGUACGCCCGAAUCACUUGUGUGCUGAUUUGGGCUUUUGCCUUUUUGCUAAGUGCACCAACCGCUUUGAGCAGGGAAAUCCACGUAAUCGAGAACCACCUGUCCACAACAUGCGGCGUCCUCCACAGCAACGACCAGAUCCCCCUGCUGGUGUCUCUCAGCAUCCUGAAGAGUGUUCUAGGCUUCCUGGUGCCGUUUCUCAUCAUUAUCACCUGCUACUGCUUGAUGGGUCGUGCCCUGCUUGGGUCUAGAGGUUUGCUGAGGAAAAACUCACGCUCUCGAGAGGACGAGAUCCUGCGAAUGCUGGCAGCUGCAGUCUUGGCCUUCUUCAUCUGCUGGGCCCCUCACCAGGUCUUCCACUUUAUGGACCUGCUGGCCAUGCUGGAGGUGGUGACGAGCUGCCAUGUUCUGGACAUUAUCGACACCGCCAUGCCCUUCAGCAUCUGCCUUGCCUACUUCAACAGCUGUGUCAACCCCAUCCUCUACGGCUUUGUGGGACACAACUUUCGCAAGAACCUUCUGAGGCUGCUGCGCUGUAGGCCAGCUCCAGCUCAGGGUCGUCCCAGUUUCAGAACUAAGAUGACUAAUCUGUCCAACAGAGCAUCUCAGAUGUUGAAUCUGUCUGGGAGUAAAAAGGUCUCAGAGCAUAGCACAAAACUACCACCCUUGGAGGAGCCAAAAGCCUAGGGGAAUAAAUUGACCUUAUUCUCUAGUGUUUGUGUAGUAGUGCAAAUUUCCAAAAGCCCAAACCAGUAAUGAGUGAUUCCACCUACUGCUGUCUUUCAGCAUCCUGAAGAGCAUGCUGGGCUUCCUUUUGUUCUUUCUCCUGAGCAUCACCUGCUACUGCCUGGAAGAUCUCUGCAUGGUGACUUAUGGCUACUAAGGAUAAAGUCCUGCUCACAGGUGGACAAAAAAAAAAUCUUCUAGGUCCAUCACAGGGUCUUCCACCUUGCUAGUCAGCUGCUAGUCAUGCGAGUCAGCCUCUGUCUACUUGAGCACAUCCAUCAACUUCAUCCUGUAUGGCUUCUUGGGAUGAACAUUUUGUCAGAACCUUUGGGAACUUAGCUAUAGUUGUGAGGAGUGUUCUAGUAUCAUCAUCACAAAGAUGGUCACCCUGUUCCAAGAACUUCUAAGACACUUCAUCUAAAUUGCUGCUCAAGAACUUUGGAAUGAUGUUGGCCAAAACCGUAGGUCAACAAGACGCAGUUUUAUCAUCAACUUAGAUUGCCUGACAGGAUGAACUCUGGUCAAUGUCAAGCAGUAUUCUGAGUCCAUCACAAGAUUUCCUGGGGUGGAGAACUAUAAUUGUUUGGAUAUUGUCUAGAUAUUAUUGAUAUGGAUACUCAUUAUAUGCAGGUGAUCCAGGUCCAGAGAGUUUAUGAAGUUGCAGAGCAGCAUGUAAGCCAUCCAAGCAGUUGGGAAAAGCAAAAUCCUUGGAUGAUCUUUUACUUUCUGGACAUAGAUUGCCUCCCAUUAUCUACCCAUUUCCUCAUCUACAUAAGCCUUGAAUACUGUAGAUGGACAAUGCAUUUAAAAAAAAAACUGCUGAGGCCAUUGUAGUAUUUGUGUUUGUAGAAAACAGGAUAGCAUUUGUCUGGGUUUGUGACAAGGGCUUUCAAAUUAUGAAACUGUAAUUUUCUGGAUAUUCUGGAUAAUAUUUUCUGAUUUCUUUUACAUUACUUUACCAGCCAAAAGUUUGGACAGACCUUCUCAUCCAAUGUUUUUAUUUUCUAUUUUUCCCCUGCAUUGUCAAUAAAUAGUGAAGUGAUCCAGACUAUGAAGGAACACAUAAGGAAUCAUGCAGUAACUUAAAAGCGUUAAACAAACCAAAAUACUCUGUAAAGCAUUAAGUUGCUCUUAUCUGGAGUUCAUUUAACUUGCCGUUUUUGAUAUUGGUAACUCUUGCUCUUCCUUUCCUAGGGUGGUCCUGAUGAGAGCCAGUUUUAUCAUGUUUUUGAUGAUCGGAUUGACUGACCUUCAUUUCUUAAAGUAAUUUAUUUAUUUAGUUGAGUAGUUCUUGCUUCUCAUAAUAUGGAUUAGAUCAUUACUCAAAUAUUCACUAUUCACUGUAUACCUGUAACUCUACCUCUUCACUACUUUACAACUGAUGCUCUCGAACACAUUAAGAGGCAAGACAUUCAUCACAAUUAACUCUUGACGAGUUUAGCACAGCUGUUAACUGAAAGCCUGAAUUCUAGGUGACUCUACCUCAUAAAACUGACUGAGAAAAUCCAGCCAAGAUGUGCAAAACUGCCUCUAUCUUAGCAACAGGUGAAUACUUUGAGGAAUUCAAUUAUAAAACAUAUUCUGGUUUGUUUAACACCUUUUGGUUUAUUAAAAAAAUCCAUGUGUUUUUCAUCAUAGUUUAAAUGACUUUGAAUGAAAAUUAUACUUAUACUGUAUAUUGUUGCUAUCCAAUAAAAAACACAUAUCUCCAAAACAGCAACUUUAAAAGAGAGCAAAAAACCUUCUAAGUUUUCAAUGGAAGUCAAUGUAAAAAGAGUUUAUUUCAGGUGAUUAUGGAGAAUUUCUAUUGGUCCAUUCAUCAAGAAAUUGUGACACAGUGUAAGGGACAGUUUGCGGACAGCGGCGAUAUGCCCUUCUACAUAUGCCUUGCUUACUCUAAAGGCUGCAUCAUAUAUAUUGUCCACGCAUUUUGGGACACAUCUUCUUAAAAAACCCAUUGAGGCCAGUUGAGGGUUAAUUGAAGGUGUUGUUCCACUGCAUGGUAUCUUCACUACUUAACUGUACUUGACUAUUCUUUUUAGUACCUGGUACCUGAUUCAUUCUCCAAAACCUGAUCCCCCAAAUAUAGCUACUGCCUUUCUGUCUUCAGUCUGAUGACACGGUAACAGUGGAGAACGCUGAAGGGAUUGUGUUUCAGAUUUCUCGAAUUUGUGGCACGAUUUUCUUGGACCAGUGUUCACAUUUCGGUCCCUAAAAAGUAUGCCUAGAAUCCCUCAAAUUUGCCUAGUGGAAAAAAGCCAAAGAUUUAAUAGAAGAUUCUCUCAAAGAUCAGGUAAAAAAAAAGGUCAAACUUUAGGUCAAAGCUGCAAGAAACCCUAGAAACCUGAACUUAUUCAUUUAAAUUGGGAACAUCACUGAAACAUUCUGUUUAAUACCUGCACAGCUAUCUUCUCAACUCCACAGAAUUGCUUUGGGUUUCAGCAGAACUCGUUCUAUUUUUAUUGCAAGGUCAUUGCAAUACACGUGCAGCUGAAUAUCAGCCUCACUGUACCAGAACCUUAUCACAACUAUUACUGAUCAAACUUGUUUGACUAACAUGUUUUAUUAAACAAGCCAAUGUGACCA